AUGGAGUCUCCGGGCAUUGUCAUCAGUGCCUCUGAGCUGCGCCGGAUCCGCGAAGGCAUCGGCGCAGCUGGCCCGGAUGCCGAAGCCACGCAGCUGACGAAGACUCGGGCGCAGCUGCUCCAUGAAAAGUCGCAGGCUCGGGCGAAGACCUGGAGCAACACCUUAGAGGGCAGCCGCCGAAAGAAGGCGGAGGAGAAGAGGAAGAAGUUUGAAAUGGAAGAGCUGGAGCGGCAGAAGGUGGACGCGGAGGAGGCCAAGAUCCAGCUGGACCAGCGGCGGGCCACCAUUGACCGCGCCAACAAGUUGCUGUACGAGGAGUCCGAUCGCAUCAAGUCCUUCCAUAGUAAGAUGAUGCUUUGCGAUGUGAUUGCCGAGCGGGAGGCGCAGACGUCCCUGAAGGGUGAGCUGAAAAAGCUCGAGCAGAUCCGUGAGGAUCGAUUUCUGGAGAUGGAGAAGCAGAACUACAGAAAGAUGCUGGAGCGCGAGAUGAAGGAGAAGGAGACCAAGGAGGAGCUCUCCAAGAUCGCGGCCCGUGCCCAGAAGGAGCAGCUGUCUGAGUACAAGGAGAAGCGUUUCCAAGAGGUGGAGGACGCCAUGCUGGAGGGCGAGCUGCUGCGUCGCAAGGCCCUUGAGGAUCUGGAGGCGGAGAGGGAAGCGGAGCAGAAGCGCCGGGGGAUGGCCGUCAAGGCGCAGAAGGAGACGCAGAAGGCCAACGCAUACCUCAAGCAGAUCAAGGCUGAGGAUAUGCUGCGGCAGCAGAAGGAGGAGGAAAAGAUUCAGGAGUAUGCUGCACGCAAAGAGAAGAUGAUGCAGCUGCGCAAGCAGAAGGAGGAGGAGGUCUUCCAGCAGAAGCAGGCGGCGCGCAAUGCCAUGAUCGACGCACAGGCCAAACGCCUGGCGGAGAUGCAGGACAACGAGGACGCGCGCGUGGAGGGCCAGGUGAAGGCGAAGGAGGCGGAUGAUGAGAGAAAGCGGCUGGCGAAGCUUGAUAUGAUGGCCAGGUGGGAGGAGGACAUCCAGAAGAGUCGCCAGGCCCAGAUUCAGCGCAAGCAGAACGCCCGCUCCAGGGAGAAGGCGGAGGACGCGGAGACGGCAAAGUUCCUCUCGGAGUGGUGCCGGGUGCUGGACAAACAGGAGCAGGAGGAGAACCACCUCAAGGACCAGGCGGCUCGGAAGCUGGCCGAGGAGCACCAGAAGCAGGUGGAGCUCCAGAGGAGGAAGAAGAACGAGGAUAAGGAUGGCGACAAGGUCGUGGCGGCACAUGCCAAGAAGGUGAUCGAGGCAGACACGUUGGAGUUCCAUGCCUACGCAGAGAAAGUCAUCCGGGAGUACUCCUCGGAGGGAAAGAAUGUCAUCCCUCUCAUCAAGGAGCUGCGCGACUUCCGGAAGCGGGUGUCGGAGUGA